ACUAUUUUUAUUUCUGUUGCUUUCGCAAUAAUAGCUUCCAAUUAUGUUAAAUUCAGUUAGAUAUAAAUAUAACUGUGAAGGUACAAUGCGUGACAGCAUGAGGUACAACCCCAUAGUGCUUUUCAUAUUUGAUUUGGUUAGGCUCUGUGCAUGUGCUUGAAUGGUUUAAUGCUUGAAUUUCAGUCGAUUUAUGUUACUAUUUUGGAAGGCAUGAGAUUUCUGUUAAAGAGAAGUAGGAGAUGCAUGCUUGAAUUUAUUGUAGUGUACAAUGUUGAAUAGCAUAGGUACCACCCGGAAAGAGCAUGGCUGUUUUUAAGCAGUUCAUUGUCACUGAAAACAGCUUUAUGUACCACUUGAAUGGCAUGCUUUUAUUUAAUAUAUACAUUAACGUACAUAUAUUUUACUUGGUAAGGAAUUGUAUCCAUGAAAGACUAAAGUUAGUUACUUUGAGAACACAAGAUGAAGUCCUUCUAAAAAGAAUUUUUAUUUUUAUUUUUUAAAUAAAAAAAAUACGAGGUACAACCGUGAAUAGCAUGAGGUGCUCUGCUAAAAGCACGAUCAUGAAUCUGGUAAGCCGCCUAGGAAGACACUAAAUUGAAUGAAGAACAUGACCGGCUGCUUGGAGAAUAAUGGUGCACCUUGUUGGAAAGCAUCAGAAUAGGCUUUCUUCCUUCUUUGGCUCUGGAGUGACCUGGUGAUUAGGUCAAGGAUAUUGCAGACAAUGGGUGCAAGGCUGAGAGUUUUGGAAGAAAGAUAUGCAGAAUUAUCACCUUCCCAUUUAAAGCAGUUAUGAACUGAAACCUAUCGGGGAUAUUUUGUCUCAUGAAAAUUGCGGAUAAUGCUAACCUUCAAGUAGAAGUACCUAAUAAAGGAGAUAUUACAACAGUCAAGCGAAAGGCCGAUGAUCAGAUUGUCUCAGAAGAAAAGAGGAAAAAGAAGAAAAAGAAGCAAGUUGCCACUCCUCGUCCUGCAUGCUCAUGGGUGUACUUUAGCCGGGAGUUUAUCAAGGAGUAUAGUGCUUCCCAUCCUGAGUCCUCUGGCCUUAAAGCUGCCACAAAGGCUGCAUCGGAUGCUUGGAAGUCUAUGAGCCUAGAGGAGAAAGCAAAAUACACUAAGCGUUCUCGUGAAGUGUGGGAUAAGUACUUGAGUACAUCUCCUGCCUGUAGCCCCAAGCCAAGGAAACAGAGUAAACUUGUAACAAGAUGCUCUCCUGGACGCUUAUUCAAUGUGUUACAGCGUCUCACACCUGAACAGAAGGCUGUGGUGAAGAGCAUGGGAUUUGGAAGCCUCCUUGGCCUUAGAUGUAGAACACUCCGCCGCAGUUUGUGCCUUUGGCUAUUGGAGAGGUUCAACACUACAAGAUGUAGCUUGGAGAUUUGUGGUGAGAGGGUUCCUUUAUGCCCAAAAGAUGUGGAGCUUGUGAUGGGAUUAGCGGCUAGUGGAAAGGAUGUAGUGAACUCAGGGCCAGAUGAUUUUAUUGCAGACUUGCGCCAUAGUUACAAUGCUACAAAUCAUGGGAUUUCAGUGCGAUUUUUAGAGGAGCGGUUGGCAGCUCCAGAAGCAGGAGAGGAUUUUAAGAGAUCGUUUGUCCUCUAUGCAUUAGGCACUCUGCUGUCCCCAACAGCGAGGCUGGAUGUUAGCCCAUCGUUCCUCCACUUUUUGACAAAUAUGGAUGUAGUCCAUCAGUACAACUGGGGGAAAUUCUUACUUGACCGGCUUGUUCGAGAAGUAUCUCGCUUUCAUCAAGGGAAGCAACGGGCAGUUGGUGGUUGUCUGUUGUUUCUCCAGCUCUUUUACUAUGAGAGCAUCUCCAUUGAGGGAUGUGCUCCUUUGUCCAGUGCAGUUGUUCCAUGCUUGUCUUCAUGGGGUGAGGAGGAGAUUACUGAGAGAGAAAGACGAGAAAAAGAACUUGGUGGCUAUGGUUUAGGACAGGUACAUUCAAAUUUGCAAUUUGGUAUAAGUACGUAUGCAUUUAUCAAGCUAGCUGCUUUUGUGCAGGUGAUACGCAAGGAGAGGUGCCUUGGUAUGGAGUCCUCAGAGUGCAGAGAUCAACUGGAUGGCCAAUCAGUAGACAGCAUAAGCAUCACGGUUAAGCUUGGUCCUGUUUUUGAACAGGAGGGGAAACAGGCUGACAAAGAACAAAUGAACGGGGAGAUUACUAUGGAUGAGGAAGAGAUGCCAAUUCUUAUUAGGAGUGAAAAUAUUGUCUGUGGGGACAUUGAGGUGGUUGUUGAUUCAGUCAGAAUGCCGUGCCGGAACAAAGAGUACGGUUGCAAUGAAACAGUGGAUUACAUGAAUAAUGACCAUGAAGAAACUUGCACCUAUGCCCCAUGUUCAUGCCCACUUCUAGACUGCAACUUUGUUGGCUCAUCUGAUCAGUUGUCACUACACUUCAGCAGUAAACAUUGGGAUUCUGGAAGGCGCUUCAGGUAUAAUAGCCCAUUGGCUGUCUUCUUAGGGAUUAAUGAACAGUUCCUUGUUCUUCAAGCAGAGGAGGAUGGUGUUCUUUUUCUCCUGAACAAGGGUGUUGAAAGUAUUGGGAACACUGUCAUGAUAACUUGUAUUGGACCAAGCUCAUCAUCAAAGGGAAGGUUCUUGUAUGAUCUUGUAUCAGGAAGAGGAACCAGCUCUUUGAGAUUAAAAUCAGUGACAGAGACUUUUCCAGGACGGGUGGAAGGUUUUCCCCCAACGGAUUUUCUUCUGAUUCCAUUUCGUUUCCUUAGUAGGCCUGGGCAUAUCAACUUGGAUGUUUGUAUAUGGAAUUCUACAGAGCUUGGUGCAGAUUGCCCUUGAUUAGUCGUCUGUAAAGGGUUAUAGUAUACAACUUUCCUCUCUUUCAGAGGUCUUAGAAAUAUACCUUGUAAAUUAUGAUCUGAGAAAUCAGAAUGGAAUAUCUUACUGAUUGCCCUGGACAAACAAAUAAACAGAUUCAUAGAAUGUUGACUAAGAUCAAUGUAGUCUCUUAUUGCUGAUCUAUAACUAAGAGUUGAAGAGUGUAAAGUUAAUGGGGCUUGCAUUCUGUUCCGAAGUUUUCCUCUCUCGGCUUCUCCGGGACUAGUCUUUUGCCAUGCAAGAAAUUCCAGCACCCUCCUUCCUUUCCCCACCAUAACUAAAACUAUGAAAACAGUGCCAUUAUCAGGAUCACAAUGAUAAACACCAGACAAGCUGCUUGAAGUUAGACUAUUUUGCAUGUUGGAACAUCAAAAGUCAGUCAUCUAUAUCAAGCUCGAAUCAUGACAAGAGUUGGAAUACAUGCUUCUAGGAUGCCGAUUGCCAAGUCUUCCAAUAAAACCAUGUCUGUAUAACAUAUCAACACAAUUUACUAGGAGAGCUAAUCUCCAUGCAAAUGCUGUUGUCAAAUGAACUGCUUUUCAUCCUUAUUAUGGAAGUAUUCUCACCUCUCUUUA